UAAAAGAUAAAUAAAUCUAUUAAUGCCUAAAAUUAUGGCAAGUGAGAAAUGACAAAUGAGACACUAACAAAAGCGAAAAAGUGUUAUUACAUUAUUAUAUCUUUCACCUAAAACUAAUAAGAGCCACACAAAGAGGGUGAGACUUGAGAGGGUCCAAAGAGAAAGAAAAAUAUGGAAGGAAUAGGAAUGCAAAUGGUGGUGCCAGUAGCAGCCAUAGUAGCAGUUGCUGCAGUCACCUUUUAUGCUGUUAGCUUCGCUGAAAUUCGCGAGAAAUCAUUCAGAGAAUAUGAAGACAAGGAAGAAGAUGAUGGAAUGGGAUUUCAGUCCUCUAUGAGCUCCCGAGAACGUCGUGCCCGACGAAAAGCGAGCAAGAAAUCCAAUACUUAAACAAGCUCUUCAACAGCAGUAGCAACUCCUAUGCUUCACCUUAAGAGUGGAAUUCCCAGAAGCAUGUAUGAUACUCUCUGUUUUAGGCUUUAGCUUUCGCAAUCUUAUCUACAAUGUAUGCAAAUUUUCAACCAGUACUACAUGUCUACAUCAUAUGGAUUAUGAUGCAUAUAAACUACGCUAUAUUUACACAGACAAAUUUUCAACCAGAAAAUUAUCUGCAAUCAUCAACACUUGUACCUUUUGUA